UUUAUUACAGCUCUGAAUCGUAUUAAUUGUAAUUUUCCUCAGAUAUUUUAAAUUCUUGAGAGAUACGUAUUGUAAUUUAAAGUUUAUAAUAAUGGCGGAACUACUCUUAGAUCCAAAAAUUAGAUUAUGGGUGUUCCUUCCCAUCGUUAUUAUCACUUUUUUGGUUGGUAUUGUAAGGCACUAUGUUUCUAUCAUUCUAUCCUCCCAGAAGAAAAUUGAGCUUCUCCAGGUCCAGGACAGUCAAGUAAUGAUUCGUGCUCGUUUGCUGCGUGAGAACGGGAAGUAUAUCCCACGGCAGUCGUUUGCGAUGCGCCGUCACUGGUUCAACAAUGAAGAGACUGGAUACUUCAAGGUUCAGAAGAGAGCUGCCACUUCUCAGAAUCCCAUGACUGACCCUGGCAUGAUGACUGACAUGCUGAAAGGCAAUGUGACCAAUGUGUUGCCUAUGAUUGUCAUUGGAGGCUGGAUCAACUGGAUGUUCAGUGGUUUCCUUACCACCAAGGUACCCUUCCCCCUGACACUUCGUUUCAAGCCAAUGUUGCAGCGGGGAGUAGAACUGGCCUAUUUGGAUGCAUCAUGGGUAUCCUCUGCUUCAUGGUACUUCCUCAAUGUCUUUGGUUUACGCACCAUCUACGCUUUAGUUUUAGGAGAGAAUAAUGCUGCAGACCAGUCUAAAAUAAUGCAAGAACAAAUGUCUGGUGCUGCUAUGGCGAUGCCUCAAGACCCGAAAGCCGCAUUCAAAGCCGAAUGGGAAGCUCUAGAGAUCACAGAGCACCGGUGGGCAGUUGCUACCGCAGAACUAGAUGUACUCAGUAUAUUGGAUGACCAUCAACAUGAACCACAACAAUAAAUUAGUAUAAUUAUUUAUACAAUAUGAUCAUAAUCUAUAUUAGAAUAAUUUAUAGUUAUCUAUAAGAUAAGGUGUGUGCAUAUUUGGUGUUAAUGGAAUAAAUGACUUCUUGUUAUUGACCAUUUUGAUCCUAUUUAUUUAAGUUGAUUUUAAAGUCACGCAGACCGUCGGCGCUGACAGCCGAGAUGUUUGAACUUCCAGGAACCGUGCGCACUGAUUGUUACGCGUCAGUCAAAAACGCUUUCUUAAAGUUCAUAUAUUUCAGUCAUCAACGCUGAGGGUGUGCGUGUCAUCAGCGUCACACAAAAAUCAGCCUUAGAAAACUGUUCACCCAAUCACCUUGUUUAAGUUAUGUAAAAAUAAUAAUAAACAACAUUGCAUUUAGAAAA